UCUAGCGUGGUGGAGAUGUCGGCUCUCUGGGCACUAGAUCCUGGUGUCGGGGCCGGGGUAGGACCGGGGUCCACCGCUGCCGCCUCUGGACCCCCGGGGGCACCUCUCGCCUCCGGGAACCUGUUCCAUCCCAUCAGUGCCGAGGAUGAGGAUCAGCAGCCUACGGAGAUCGAGUCCCUGUGCAUGAACUGUUAUGGCAAUGGGAUGACUCGACUUCUGUUAACCAAGAUUCUCUUCUUCAAAGAGAUCAUUGUAAGCUCUUUCUCCUGUGAGCAUUGUGGCUGGUCCAACACAGAGAUUCAGUCUGCAGGCAGGAUCCAGGAACAGGGUGUGCGCUAUACCUUGUCUGUUAAGGUCCCUGAGGACAUGAACCGAGAGGUGGUGAAAACAGAUUGUGCCACAGCAAGGAUCCCAGAGUUAGACUUUGAGAUCCCCGCCUUCAGCCAAAAGGGAGCUCUGACCACUGUUGAAGGAUUAAUUAGUCGUGCCAUCUCUGGUUUGGAGCAGGACCAACCAGCCCAAAGGGCAAAAGGAGAAGCCCUGGCUGGGAAAAUUGAUGAGUUUGUUGCCAAACUGAAGCAACUGAAGAGAGUGGACUCCCCAUUCACUUUUAUCAUUGAUGAUCCCUCAGGGAACAGUUUUGUGGAGAAUCCAUAUGCCCCUCGGAAAGAUGAUGCUCUGGUGGUCACACAUUACAACAGGACGCCCCAGCAAGGGGACAUGUUGGGGCUCAAGACUGAAGAACCUGAAGAGAAGUCUACUGACCCUAUAGAAGAUCUCAGGAAUGAAGUGUUACAGUUCAACACAAAUUGUCCGGAAUGCAAUGCUCCUGCCACCACCAAUAUGAAAUUAGUGCAAAUCCCCCACUUCAAAGAGUUUAUCAUCAUGGUCACCAAUUGUGAGAAUUGUGGGCAUCGAACUAAUGAGGUAAAGUCUGGAGGUGCAGUGGAGCCCAUGGGCACCAGGAUCACCCUUCAUAUCACAGAUCCCUCCGACAUGCCUAGGGAUAUCCUGAAGUCUGAAACAUGCAGUGUGGAAAUCCCUGAACUGGAAUUUGUGCUAGGCAUGGGUGCCCUGGGGGGCAAGUUUACCACCUUGGAGGGACUUCUGAAAGACAUCUGUAAUCUGGUGACCAGGAACCCCUUUACAUUGGGUGACAGCUCCAACCCUGACUGCACAGAAAAGUUGGAGGAGUUUAGCCAGAAGCUGGACUGGAUCAUAGAGGGCAAGUUGAAUGCUCACUUCAUUCUGGAUGAUCCAGCAGGAAACAGCUACUUACAGAAUGUAUAUGCCCCAGAAGAUGACCCAGAGAUGAAGAUAGAACGCUAUAAACGCACAUUUGAUCAGAACGAGGAUCUGGGGCUCAAUGACAUGAAGACAGAAGGCUAUGAGGCUGGAUUGACUCCUCUGCAGUAGCAGUGGGCAAAGGGGCAGGUCAGACAACAGAGCUGCCUGGGGCCCCGUGGUUAUUUAUUACUAUUGUAAUAGGUCAGAGGAACAAGGACUUGAGAAUAGGGACUUUCUCUUGGAUGGGGAGACCUGCUCGGAGUCCAUGAAUCUGUGUACAAUUUCAAAACAAUUCAUGAGGUGAAUGCA